CGAUUAAAGUACAGUAUUUUGCCCGUAAACCACAAUCGAAAUGAUUCGCUUACAGAACAAAAUUAUUCGAUUUUUUUUCUAUUUCUGUUUUAAGACCCAGUGUUGUAAAUAUGUCUUGCAAUGGAACAAAUUUAGCUAUAGUGUCAAGCGACACGACUCGUUUAAAAUCAACGACACUCCUUCGUAACCGCUGAUAUUAACGGAAUGCUACAAAACAACAUGAAGUCGGCAGCAAACACCACCGGGAACAGCCUUUAUUUCACUUGUCGGCAAAGAGUCUAUUCAGUUAAAAUGAUAUAAAUACUAAUCCUAAAAACUCGAUCGAUCGUUAUGACUGAAAGUGCCAUUAAAUGUCGUUUAACCAUGAGUUAAGAAAAAUAGAAUUCAAUCUUUGACCACUCCAGGUCACAAGAUGGCGCUGUGUGCGCGUGUCACGUGACCAGAAGCGCUUCCUCACACAUGUCAUUUGUUUUCCUCCUCGCGAAAGUAAAUCCAUGGUAAAAACCCGAGGGUUGGGAUAAAAUGGGGAAAAAGAAGAGUGAAAAGAAGGGAAAGGGAGCGGAGAAGACCGCGGCCAAGAUGGAGAAGAAGGUUUCGAAGAGGUCCAAACGAGAGGAGGAAGAUCUGGAAGCUCUGAUCGCGGAGUUCCAGAGUCUGGAUGCCAGGAAGACGCAGGUGGUGGAGACGGCGUGUCCUCCUCCGUCCCCCAGGCUGCAGGCGUCGCUCUCGGCUCACCCCGAUAAGGACGAGCUCAUCCUGUUCGGAGGGGAGUUCUUCAACGGGAAGCGGACCUUCCUCUACAACGACCUCUUCUUCUACAACAUCAAGAAGAACAGCUGGACCAAGUGCGAGAUCCCCAACCCUCCGCCCCCCCGCUGCUCCCACCAGGCCGUGGUGGUCCCUCAGGGUGGCGGUCAGCUCUGGAUAUUUGGGGGCGAGUUUGCGUCCCAGAACGCCGAACAGUUCUACCACUACAAGGACCUGUGGGUGCUGCACCUGGCCACACACACCUGGGAGAGCAUCAAGGCACCGGGCGGACCAUCGGGUCGCAGCGGUCACCGCAUGCUGCUCAGCAAAAAGCAGCUGAUCGUCUUCGGGGGAUUCCAUGAGAGCGCCAGAGACUUCAUCUACUACAACGACGUCUUCAGCUUCUCUCUGGAGACCUUCAGCUGGUGCCGCCUCUCCCCCUCUGGCUCCGCCCCCUCGCCACGCUCCGCCUGUCAGAUGAUCGCCACGCCGGACGGCGUCAUCGUCUAUGGAGGAUACUCCAAAACGAGGGUGAAGAAGGACGUGGAGAAAGGGAGCAUCCACUCGGACAUGUUCCUCCUGAAGAGAGACGGGAAGGAAGCGCAAGAGAAGUGGUCCUGGUGCCGGCUCAGCCCCUCGGGGAACAAGCCCCCUCCUCGCUCCGGCUUCUCCCUGGUGGCGGGUGCCGCGGGCCGGGCCGUGCUCUUCGGCGGCGUGACGGACGAGGAAGAGGAGGAGGACAUCGACAGCGACUUCUACAACGACCUCUACCUGUACGACGUGGUGAAGAACCGCUGGUUUCCUGGGUCACUGCGGGGCAGUAAGAGCCAGAGGAAGAAGAGCAGGAGAGGGAGGAAGGACGGAGGUGAGGGGGCGAAGGAGGAGGAUGAGGCUGGCGGACCCUCCGAGGUCAUCAGAGAGGUGGUGUCUGAGGACGGCACGGUGAUGACCAUCAAGGAGAUGAUCCCUGCUGCUCAGGAGGAGGAGGAGGACGAGGAGGAGGAGGAGGAGGAAGAUGCGUCGGCCUGCUGCCCCCUGGUGGAGCCCUGCCCCCGGUCCAGCGCCUUGGCAGCCGUGCGGCUGGGGAGGCUCUUCCUAUACGGCGGGAUGUUCGAGGUCGGCAGCCGCCAGUUCACCCUCAACGACUUCUACAGUCUGGACCUGCACAAGCUGGACCAGUGGGAGGUCCUGGUGGAGAUGGACCCCAAGACUCAGGAGUGGCUGGAGGAGUCCGAGUUCGAGUCUGACGAAGAGGAGGAGGUGAAGGGAGCCGAAGGAGAGGACGAGUCUGAGGAGGAGAGCGAGUCGGACGAAGAUGAGGAGGAGCACCCAGCGGUGCAGGAGGGUGAGUCUCUGACCGACUACCAGACGCGGACUCUGCAGUACUGGACCGGACUGGCUCGCUCCAACAUGGGCGCCGAAGCCAAGGACAAGAAAGUGUGUAAAGUGGCGACGGCCAUGGCCAAGGUCUUCUAUGAAGAGCAGUAGAGCGCCGUGUGUGUGUGUGUGUGUGUGUGUGUGUGUGUGUGUGUGUGUGUGUGUGUGUGUGUGUGUGUGUGUGUGUGUGUGUGUGUGUGUGUGUGUGUGUGUGUGUGUGUGUGUGUGUGUGUGUGUGUGUGUGUGUGUGUGUGUGUGUGUGUGUGUGUGUUAAUACGCUCAUGUAAUGCUAAAUGCUAAGGAUCUGUGCAACGCCACAUGUGGGUCAUGUGUCCAGUGAGCCUCAGCCAUCUGACUGUACAGACCCAUUAAACCAACAACAUCUUAACCCAUGAGUCAUGACUCUCCACCGCCUCGGGCUCGGGCCUGCAGAGUAGCUGGAGCUGCAUCCAGUUCUGUAGGCCUGUGGGUCAGAUGGCAUCCAGGCCUCCGACUGGAGUUGGACUCCCUCUGGUGCUGAAUCCCUCACAUCUGAGCGAAUCCUUUAACCAACAGCAAGUGAGUUGGACUCACCUGUGUUCACCUGCUGAAUCCCACACAUCUGAGUGAGUCCUUCUGACCUGAGUGACUCCACUGUGUACUGUUUCGAGUUGCAUGUGAGUGAGUUGCUGAGUCAAACGAGUCGAGCUGCCACGAGUCCCUGCUGUCUCAGUGGAAAGACUCGGUCUUUCCUGCCUGAAGGUGCUGCGAGUCCAUUGCAGAGCCGAGUCGCUCCAGCCGCUGACAGGGUUUCACUAAGUCCAUCCUCCAUCUUGUACUGUGG